AUGCAAUCAAGUCCUGUCGAUGAAAGAAGGCUUGCUAUGGUGGGGCCAAGGAAAAUGGAAGAUAUGGGUAACCACGAGGUUGGCACCAUUCAUGUGGCAAGGAGAAUAGAGGGGCCCAGAAGCCACAUAGGCCAUCUAAAGUUUUCAAAGAUGCUGGAGGUUCCCUUUAGGAAGUCACCUAUAUUUUCACUGGGUGCAUGCGUGACAGGUCCACCUUCCCAUGAAGACACAUUCAGGAAACAGUUGGACGCCCUACGUGCAUUGGAUGAAGGUGCAUCUACAGAGAGGAUUUAG